AUGACAGUGACCGGGAAAACUGCCGGGGUAUCCCGUUUCCGAUCCAAACCUUCCUGUGGAGACAUGGAGACAGAUGCGUUUUUGCGGCCGAAGUUAGGGAAGCAGUAUGAAGCCUCCUGUGUGUCAUUUGAGCGGGUGCUGGUGGAGAACAAACUCCACGGGCUCUCUCCAGCCCUCACUGAAGCCAUCCAGAGCAUCUCUCGCUGGGAGCUGGUCCAGGCUGCUCUGCCUCAUGUUCUCCACUGCACUGCCAUCCUUCUCUCAAACCGCAACAAGCUGGGACACCAGGAUAAACUCGGGGUAGCUGAAACGAAACUCCUUCACACUCUACAUUGGAUGCUUCUGGAGGCGGCCCAGGAGUGCCACCAGGAGCCUGGCCUGGGACACGGCUGGUCUGGGGGCAGCAGUGGUAGCAGUAGUGCCUACCUUCAGCCCAUGGGGAACCAGGGUCUCACAGACCACAAUGGCAGCACAACUGAAGAGAAUGAAUAUGCCCGUGCCAAACUCUACCACAAGAACAUGGCCACUGUGGAGCUCUUUGUGUUUCUCUUUGCCCCCCUCAUUAACCGGAUCAAGGAGUCUGACCUCACCUUUCGACUGGCUGGUGGACUUGUUAUUUGGCAGCCAAUGUGGGAGCACCGUCAACCUGAUGUUCCUGCUUUUUCUGCCCUUGUCAAACCCAUGCGUAACAUUGUUACAGCAAAGAGGAAUUCUCCAGUGAAUAACCAGUGUAGUCCUCAUGAUACCAGUAACCCAUGCCCUGCAGUGGUAUGUGAAUCAGACCAGCCAGACUCCUCCUCCCCCUCGGUGACAGGACAGAGCUGUCGCCGUGGCAACUCUGUGGAGAAGGGAGGGUCCUCACAGCAGGCCUUUGAGAAAGGAUUUUCACAACCAAAGAAUUUCUCAGUACCUGGUGGCAUCUCUGUAUCACAGCGAGCAAGGUAUGCCACCUAUUUUGAUGUUGCAGUGCUGCGUUGCUUGAUGCAGCCUCACUGGACAGAAGAGGGUGUGCACUGGGCCCUCAUAUACUACCUGCAGCGGCUGCGUCAGAUACUGCAGGAGAAGCCUGAACGCCCCCCUGAGCCCCUGAUACCCCCCUUACCACGGCCCCGCAGUAGUUCCAUGGUGGCUGCUACCCCUUCUUUGGUUAAUACUCACAAAACACAGGACAUGACUCUAAAAUGUAAUGAGGAAAGCAGGUCUUUGAGCUCUGAGACCUUCUCUAAAGUGUCAAUUACCAACCUCAGGAGACCAGCAGUCCCUGACCUCUCAACUGAGAUGGGUAUGAACAUAUUCAAAAAGUUUAAGAACCGUAGAGAAGAUCGAGAGAGAAAAGGCUCUAUCCCAUUCCACCAUACUGGGAAGAAACGCCAGCGUCGAAUGGGUGUACCUUUCCUUAUGCACGAGGAUCACCUGGAUGUCUCACCCACACGUAGCACCUUCUCAUUCGGAAGCUUCUCUGGACUGGGAGAUGACCGUCGCACACUGGACCGUGGGGGUUGGCCUUCCACUAUCAUGGGGAAGUUAACACGUCGUGGAAGCUCAGAUACUGCCGGAGAUGUGGACAGUCUUGGAGCAAAACAUUUUCACUCCCACCACAACUUGCCUGAACACUCCAACAGUCACAGUGACAAUACCAUCAAAGAGGGUGUUCGUUCCCAGAUCUCCACCAUCACCAUGGCUACAUUUAACACAACUGUGGCUUCCUUUAAUGUAGGCUACACAGAUUUCUUCACAGAGCACAUUAAGAAACUGUGUAACCCCAUUCCCAUCCCUGAGAUGCCAUGUGAGCCGCUGGCCUGCUCCAACCUUCCCCGAAGUCUGACAGACUCCUGCAUCAAUUACACAUCGUUAGAGGACCGAGACACUAUUGAGGGCACUAACAACUUCAUUCUGAAGAAUGGCUUGCUGGACCUCAUGGCUAUUCUGCGGGCCCUGUAUUCCGUACUCACCCAUGACAUCAGUUCUCGGAUUUGCGACGUGGCGCUCAACAUCAUCGAAUGCCUCCUGCAGCUGGGGGUGGUGCCCAGUGUGAUGAAGAAAGCCUCCAAACCUGAAGACAAAGAGGCGGAGCAUCUGAAGGAGGGAGCCAGCCAGAGUGUGGGUGGAGCUCAGGGGGAGGCGGCUGGAGGCACAGGAGCAGCACCUAAUGGAGGUGGUGGAGGAGAUGGAGGAGGAGGGGGUGGAGAGAGUCGUGGAGGAAGCAGAGAUGAUAUAAAGAAUAACAAGGACAACCAGGAUGGAGACACUUCACUCAGCACUCACAGGUUGGCUCUCACCAUGCUCAUUAAGAUCGUAAAAUCACUUGGCUGUGCGUACGGUUGUGGUGAAGGCCAUCGUGGGCUUUCUGGAGACCGCCUUCGAAUGCAGGCGCAGAAUUGUUUGACUACUCUGUACACGCUGGAUAAAGUGCAGUUCCGUCAGACUAUGAAAGAAUACGUUAAUAAGGAUUCGCUCAACAAUAUUGUGGAUUUCCUGCAUGCCCUACUUGGCUUCUGCAUGGAACCAAUCACUGACAAAUACGGCAGUGCAGGUGAGAGGUCCAGGAGGGCGAAUAAAAGAAACAUCGACAAGGCUGGCUUCGGGAACAACUUCACCACUGGAGGAGACAAGUCUCUGGCCCAGAGCAUGGGGACUGUGGUGGUGGGCUGCAUGUUCAAGUCUCUCAUCACAAGAUGUGCCUCCACUACACAUGAGCUUCACAGUUCUGAGAACCUGGUCAAGUUCACCAGUGCUGUGAAGCUGUCGGAGGGUAGCGCUAUCGAAUAUGGGCGAGAGGAAGAGGAGAAUUUCUUCAAGCGGCUCGGUAAAUGGCGGUCUGGUCGGAGGAACCCUUCCAAGCUUCACCACACAGAAGAGAAAGAUGGUUGCCAUGGAUUCCAGGAGCACUUGGCCGCCAGUCAGGAGGCCAUGAAGAAUAAGAACAUUGUGAAUCUAGGUGCAAUCAGACAAGGCAUGAAGAGAUUUCAGUUCCUGUUGAACUGCUGUGAGCCGGGAACCAUACCAGAUGCUUCGAUUUUAGCAGCAGCGCUGGACCUGGUCAAGUUCACCAGUGCUGUGAAGCUGUCGGAGGGUAGCGCUAUCGAAUAUGGGCGAGAGGAAGAGGAGAAUUUCUUCAAGCGGCUCGGUAAAUGGCGGUCUGGUCGGAGGAACCCUUCCAAGCUUCACCACACAGAAGAGAAAGAUGGUUGCCAUGGAUUCCAGGAGCACUUGGCCGCCAGUCAGGAGGCCAUGAAGAAUAAGAACAUUGUGAAUCUAGGUGCAAUCAGACAAGGCAUGAAGAGAUUUCAGUUCCUGUUGAACUGCUGUGAGCCGGGAACCAUACCAGAUGCUUCGAUUUUAGCAGCAGCGCUGGACCUGGAAGCACCCGUGGUGGCAAGGGCCUCGCUUUUCCUGGAGUGUGCUCGUUUUGUGCAUCGCUGUAACCGUGGUAACUGGCCAGAGUGGAUGAAAGGUCACCAUGUGAACAUCACUAAGAGAGGGCUGUCCAGAGGACGAUCGCCUGUAGCAGGAAACAAAAGAAACACAAAGCUCCAGUGGAACGCAGCCAAACACUUUUACCAGUGGGGAGAUGCGAUAGGCACUCGGCUUAGUGAAAUUUGCCACUCAGACAGAGAGAGUCCAGCCAACAUCUUGGGUUUUAUCUAUGAUGAAGAGAGCAAGAGGAGAGUGAAAAAGGAGGAUGAGGAAGAAGAUUAUCUGGAUGACAACACAGUCAACCCCACAAAGUGUGGAUGUCCCUUUCCUCUGAAGAUGGCUGCUUGUCAGCUGCUUCUGGAGAUCACCACUUUCCUGCGAGAGACCUUUCCCUGUCUUCCCAGACCCAGAACAGAGCCCCUUGUGGAUUUAGAGAGUUGUCGUUUGCGUCUGGACCCCGAGCUAGGUCGUCAGCGCUAUGAGAGGAAGAUCAGCUUUGCAGGAAUCCUGGAUGAUGAGGAUGGACACGAUUCUCUGAAUAGCAGCAGCCACACCCUCAAGUCUGACACUGGCUGUGAGGAAAAGAAAUCAUCACAAGAGCCUCUGGCUCCAAUUAGAAAGAUCCGUAUUGGUGGCUCUCGGUUGCUACAAAUUAAAGGAGCAAGGAGUUUCCGACUAAAGAAAGGAGGCUCUUUAUCUUCUAUCCGCCGAGCAGGGAGUCUGAAAAGCACUAAGAUGUCCAGACAGGACUCUGAGUCUGAGAAUGACGCAGAAUCGGAACGGCUGCUCUCCCAGAGUAGAGAUACUGUCACUGAUAUAGGGAGCUCUUGGAGUGCUAGCGAGCCAAGCAUUGAACCUGAGGGUCCUGGCAGCACAGGGGGUGUGGAGGACAACUACCAUCGCAACAUGUCCUGGCUACAUAUCAUGAUUCUGCUGUGCAACCAGCAGAGUUUCAUCUGCACUCAUGUGGAUUUCUGCCACCCUCGCUGCUAUCAGCACCACAGCCGCUCAUGUGCUCGGCUCGUCCGUGCCAUCAAACUUCUAUAUGGAGAGACAGUAGACAGUCUGAAAGAGAACAGCACUACCGGCAAUAUCAGUGGCCGUGCCAAGAAGAGCAAAGAGUGUUCAGACAAAUCCUGCCUCGGGACCCCAUCCAUGAAGAGACGCCCCACUGACAGCAGUGCUGAGGGGAAAAAAGACACUGGCAUGCUAAAGUACAUCCGCAACCAGGUAAUGAGUCUAUCUCCAGCCCCUUUGUCCUUGCUUAUAAAAGCAGCCCCUAUCCUGACUGAGGACAUGUAUGGAGACAUUUUGCCUGCAGCAUGGGAGCUCCUGCUGAGUGUGGAUGAACAUAUGGCUGCAGUUGCAGCUGCCCUGUUCCUGCUGUGCGCGGUGAAGGUGCCGGAUGGAGUGACCGAAAUGAUGAUGGCUGAGUUUCAGCAUCAGGAAGCAUGUCAGAGAAUUAACUCCAUUUUGAAAUUCUACACUGUCUGGAGAUUCCGGUACCAAGUGUGGCCUCGGAUGGAAGAGGGGGCUCAGCAGAUAUUUAAGAUUCCUCCACCCAGCAUUAACUUCACACUGCCCUCUCCUAUCCUGGGAAUGCCCUGUGUGCCUAUAUUUGACCCUCCAUGGGUUCCUGUUAAUGCAGGCACUGUUCCAGAUGCAAUCAGUGAAGAUCAGUCUAAAUCAUUCUCAGCACGAGCAGUAUCUCGCUCUCAUCAACGGGCAGAACACAUCCUGAAGAACAUGCAGCAGGAGGAAGAGAAGAGGAGGCUCGGUCGUGAGGCCAGCGUCAUCACGGCUAUCCCUAUCGCUCAGGAGGCCUGCUAUGAGCCCACAUGUAGUCCACCACCUGAGCAGGAAGAGGAAGAAGAUGUGGUGAACUUGACAUCACGUCGUCUGUCAGUCAGCCCCUCUUGUGCCUCCAGUAACUCCCACAGAAACUACUCCUUCCGCAGGGGCUCUGUGUGGUCAGUGCGGUCAGUGGUCAGUGCUGAAGAUGAUGAGAACACAACAGAACUCACACCAACACAUCACAUGCUGCAGCCACCCCAGUCUGUUUUCCCACCAUGUAUCUGUGCUGCUGUGUUGCCCAUUGUGCACCUGAUGGAAGAUGGAGAAGUUCGGGACGAUGGAGUUGCAGUAUGUGCUGUUGCUCAGCAGGUUUUGUGGAACUGCCUGAUUGAAGAUCCAGCCUUGGUUCUUAGACAUUUCCUGGAGAAACUCACAGUCAGUAAUAGACAGGAUGAACUGAUGUACAUGCUGAGGAAACUGCUUCUUAACAUUGGGGAUUUGCCUGCACAGACCUCGCACAUUCUUUUCAACUAUCUGGUGGGCUUGAUCAUGUACUUUGUAAGGACUCCCUGUGAGUGGGGCAUGGAUGCCAUAUCAGCCACUUUGACCUUUCUGUGGGAGAUUGUGGGUUAUGUGGAGGGGCUCUUUUUUAAAGACCUUAAACAGACUAUGAAGAAAGAACAGUGUGAGGUCAAGCUUUUGGUUACUGCCUCCAUGCCAGGAACCAAAACCCUGGUGGUUCAUGGACAGAAUGAGUGUGACAUUCCCACCCAGUUACCAGUGCAUGAAGACACCCAGUUUGAAGCCCUUUUGAAGGAGUGUUUAGAAUUCUUCAAUAUUCCAGAGGCUCGGUCUGCUAACUAUUUUUUGAUGGAUAAGCGUUGGAACCUUAUACACUAUGCCAAGACCUAUGUGCGAGACAUCUACCCUUUCAGAAGAUCAGUGUCUCCUCAACUUAAUCUGGUUCAUAUGCUUCCAGAGAAGGGCCAGGAGCUCAUUCAGAAGCAGGUGUUUUCUAGAAAGUUGGAAGAGAUUGGCCGCGUUCUGUUCAUCAUCUCGCUUACCCAGCGUAUGCCUGCUGUGCACAAACAAUCCCACGUCUCCAUGCUUCAGGAAGACCUUCUGCGACUGCCAUCAUUUCCUCGCUCUGCCAUUGAUGCUGAGUUCACGCUCUUCAAUGAGCCUCUAGGCAAAGAGCUCUUUGGUUUGGACACUUUACAUAAGGUCCUAUGGAUCAAACUGCUGGAGGAGAUGUUUCUGGGCAUGCCCAGUGAAUAUCCUUGGGGUGAUGAGAUUAUGCUAUUUCUGAAUGUGUUUAAUGGUGCCCUGCUCCUACACCCCGAGGACAGCGCCCUCCUCAGGCAAUACAGCGCCACUGCCAUCAACACAGCUGUACACUUCAACCACCUCUUCUCCCUCAGUGGCUAUCAAUGGAUCCUUCCUACUAUGCUCCAGACAUACGCAGAUUAUGAGAGUAACCCACUGUUGCGUCGAGGGAUUGAAUUCUGCUGCAGGCAGUUCUAUAUUCUCCACCGCAAACCUUUCAUAUUGCAGCUCUUCGCUAGUGUGGCCCCAUUGCUGGAGUUCACUACUCGCACUAGUACUGGUUUAUCAAAAGGAGUAUCUUCACAGUGUCUUUUUGACCUGCUGGUAUCUUUGGAGGGAGAGACUGCAGAUUCCCUGGAUGCUCUGGAGCUGGUGAAGGCCGAGAAACCUCUCCGCUCUCUGGAUUUUUGCUAUGGUAAUGAGGACCUGGCGUUUUCAAUCAGUGAAGCCAUAAAGCUCUGUGUCACAGUAGUUGCUUAUGCCCCAGAAUCCUACCGCAGUUUGCAAAUGCUGAUGGUUCUUGAGGCUUUAGUUCCGUGUUACCUGCAGAAGAUGAAGGGUAACACACAGACUCUGGAGUCGGUGUCUGCAGCGAGGGAUGAGAUAGCUGCCAUAGCUGCUCUGGCCACUUCUCUGCAGGCUCUGCUCUACAGCGUGGAGGCAUUGACACGACCUAUGACUGCACCUCAGAUGAGUCGAUGUGAUCAAGGCCACAAGGGAGCAACUACUGCCAACCACACCAUGUCUGGAGGACCAAACACCAGGGAUAACCUGCACCUGCUGGAGGAGGGUCAGGGUAUACUGAGGGAGGAACUGGACGAGCGUAUUGCCCGUGAAGAGUUCCGUCGCCCCCGUGAGUCUCUGCUUAACAUCUGCACAGAGUUUUACAAGCACUGUGGUCCACGCCUCAAAAUCCUGCAGAAUGUGGCAGGAGAACCCAGAGUCACUGCUCUAGAGCUGCUGGAUAUCAAGUCUCAUAUGAGAUUGGCAGAAGUCGCCCACUCCCUUCUCAAAUUGGCCCCGUAUGACACGCUGACCAUGGAAAGCAGAGGACUGCGCCGCUACAUCACAGAAAUGUUACCCAUCACCGAUUGGUCGGCAGAGGCCAUUCGUCCUGCCCUCAUCCUCAUUCUGAAGAGGCUGGAUCGCAUGUUUAACAAGAUUCAUAAGAUGCCCACACUCAGGCGGCAGGUGGAAUGGGAGGCAGCUAGCAGUCUGAUUGAAGGGAUUUGUUUGACACUUCAUCGGCAGCCAAUCAUUUCCUUCCUCCCUCACCUGCGAUCUCUAAUCAACGUUUGUGUCAACCUGGUGAUGGGGGUUGUGGGGCCCUCUAGUGUGGCAGAUGGACUUCCCUUGUUGCAUCUAAGUCCAUACCUGUCUCCUCCUCUUCCCUUCAGUACAGCAGUUGUGCGUUUGGUUGCCAUGCAGAUCCAGGCUUUAAAGGAUGACUUCCCACUCAGUCAUGUGAUCUCCCCCUUCACCAAUCAGGAGAGACGAGAAGGGAUGCUGCUUAACCUCUUGAUUCCAUUUGUAUUGACUGUGGGCUCAGGGAGUAAAGACAGCCCUCAUCUGGAGCAGCCAGAGGUAUUUCUACUUUUGCAGACAGUCAUUAACAUCCUGUUACCUCCACGCAUUAUCAGCACUUCCCGCAGUAAGAACUUUGUUCUGGACGCAUCCCCUGCCCACUGCUCCACCCCAGGGGACACUGGGAAAGACCUGCGUAGAGAGGGACUGGCUGAAUCCACCAGCCAAGCAGCUUAUCUUGCUCUGAAGGUGGUCUUAGUCUGCUUUGAGCGUCAGUUGGGUAAUCAAUGGUACAAGCUGAGUCUGCAGGUCAAGGAAAUGGCUCUUCGUAAAGUUGGUGGUCUGGCUUUCUGGGAUUUUAUUGACUUCAUAGUGCGCACAAGAAUUCCAAUCUUCAUUCUAUUGCGCCCCUUCAUACAAUGCAAGCUGUUGACCCAGCCAGCUGAGUCUCAGGAGGAGAUCACGGCUCGUCACCAUAUUGCAGAGCAACUAGAGCGUCGUUUCAUCCCACGGUCCCUCUGCAAGAGCUCUCUGUUUGCUGAGUUCAGCAACGAGCUCAAGAUCCUGAAAGAGGCUGUGCAUAGUGGCUCUGCAUACCAAGGAAAGACGUCCAUCAGUACUGUUGGCACGUCCACCUCUGCAUACAGGUUGAGUCUGGCCACCAUGUCCCGCUCCAACACCGGUACAGGAACUGUCUGGGAGCAGGAGAGCCAACCUUCACGCCAGCCCUCACAGGACACACUCAGUCGUACCGAUGAGGAGGAGGAGGAAAAUGACUCCGUCAGCAUCCCCAGCGUGGUAAGUGAGCACGAAGCUUUCCUCCCCAGGCUCAUUUCCCAGCGGCGUUUCUCCAGUCACGCCACAGGGUCGGCUGCCACUCAGCCUGAACCAGGCAUGAGCACCAUGCUGCCCAGUCACAGUGAACCCAAUGUGCUAGAUGAAUCCCAGGGGCUUCUGGAGGAGGGUAACCUGUCUAGGGUUGCCAGCGUGCAGAGUGAACCAGGACAGCAGACUCUGCUAAUCCAGCCACCUCUCGGUCGUAAGAGAGGACUUAGGCAGCUACGGCGACCUCUGCUGUCUAUACAGAGGGUGCAGGACGAGUCUCGUGGACGUCAGGGAGCCAGACUCUCAACAACCCGCAGGAGCAUUCAGCCUAAGAGUAAACCACUCGACAGGGCUCACAGUGACCAAAAGAGGUCUGUCACUUUCACUGAGACCCAGCAGGAACCGGCUGGCAGAUCUCCCACUGACACUCCUAGCCCCAGCAGUGGUUUACCAGGGGUCACAGAGGUCGGGAGGCUGAGCCAUGCUCCAUCAGAGUCCUCAUCACCUAGCAUCAAUACUGCCCAGCACAAACCAGCAUGGCCACAGUAUGAGAAUAAAGACAGGAAAGACCAGGGGAGUGUAAGAAGCAGUCUUUCUCCAACCCCCUCUGCUGCCUCAAGCUCCACUUCUAGAGCCUGCUCCCCUCUUCCUCCUCCCCUCCCCAUCCUGAGUACACCAUCCCGACUGGCCCCAACCCAGAUCAGAGAAAGCCCAGAGGACGAAGAGACCACUGGGCUUCUGCAAAACACGGAUACCUCCUCUAGUGCAGGAGAGGACCGUGGCACGGAGAACCCACUCCUGACCUUGCUGCUCACAUCUCCACUCCCCCUGUCCCCUGUUGACCUGGAUCUGGACGAGUCUCACGUGUGAGAAUGUCCAGCUUCAGGAUACUGUGCUAGUUUAACAGGAAGUGGAAAAAGAAAUCCUGUGAUCAGA